AUGAUAUCACUACGACCAGCCACGCUCUACUCUGUUCCCAUCAACACUAUCCAUACUGUCUUUAAACGAACUGCUCGAUAUUCUUGCAUUCCAACAACAUACUCAUCUUAUAUUCGAACCACUCGAUUUUAUCUUGUACGAUGCAUGGCGUCCAAGGUUUCUAGAAACAAAACUACUGACAAGCCCAAUACUGAUUCGUUUUCUUCCUUGUCAAACACUGCAGUGUCUGCUUCAACACAUUCAGAAACCAAGUCUGAAUCGCAUCCUAACAACGAUGCAGUUGAACCGUUUAAAAGCAUCACCAAAGUCAUUUCACCAUUCUUGCCAGGGGCUGUUGUGCCCUUUGAUGCCAACAAUAGAAGCAGUGGUAGAAAGUAUAGCGUAUCUGUUGUAUACUCAAAGGAGUCUUCUUCCGGUACCGCUGCAAGUGGUGCUGCUACAGAAAAGUCAAAGCAUCCUUAUAUCGCUGCUCUGUUUACAAAACCUACUCUUCGACUCAUCUAUGGUCCAUCACGAACAACAUUUCACAAUAUGCCCUUGGUAGCGCAUCGUAAUACUCCCCGUCAACCACAAAAUCUAGAAGGUUUAGUUGAAUCUAUACCUUGUCCUGCAGCCAUUGGUACUCAUAACCAUCCAAAAGAAUCCGGGCCAUCGACACAAAGUGCGUCCUCGCACAAGCAUCAUCCAAUCGGUGCUGUUGAGAGUGAGCCGCCCAAUCUUCCCGAUGCCCCUUGGAAACUACCCAGCUCUAUUUCAAAUCCCAACCAUCGAGAUGUUCAACCUAUUCCAUCUAAUCUUGACGCUUUAGAGUCUCGCGUAUCUGGACUUGCCAAACCACCACUUGGUACACGCGCUCUUUUGGAUCAGCAUGUAGUUGGACAGGAAAGACUUAAAAAGGCUCUGUCUGUGGCAAUUUAUAAUCAUUAUAAACGUGUUGAUCACAAUUGUGGAACCUCGGCAACAGAAAUCGAUCCUCGUGAGGGUAUGACUGAAUACUUGUUUGACUUUGCUAAACUGUCUCAAUGGGUUUAUCCAAACUAUUGUUUUGAGCUUAUGUCCAGAUUUACUGGUGAUACUGUAAAAAAACGAGGACGACCAUCUGCUGUAGACGUGGAACCAUUAACCAUUGAUAAAAGCAAUAUAUUACUUCUUGGGCCAACAGGAUCGGGAAAAACUUUGAUUGCCAAAACAGUGGCCAAGAUUUUAAACGUUCCCUUUUCUAUGAAUGAUGCAACUCCAUUUACUCAAGCCGGAUACGUUGGAGACGAUGUUGAAGUGUGCAUUCACAGACUUUUACAAAACUCUGGAUUCGAUAUUGCCAAAGCACAGCGUGGUAUCGUGUUUAUUGAUGAGAUUGACAAAAUUUCCAGGAGGAGUGAUGCAUCGAAUCCUAAUCAAAGAGAUGUAUCCGGAGAAGGUGUUCAGCAAGGACUACUUCGCAUGCUAGAGGGCACAGUUGUAAAUAUAACUGUCAAAGCAGGUGCUACUGGAGCAAAGCGGUCAGCUACACAGGGAAGUGAGGUGUUUUCAGUAGACACUUCUAAUAUUUUAUUCAUCUGCUCUGGCGCUUUUGUUGGUCUUGACAAAAUUGUUCAAUCUCGCACUGGUGUUAAAGGGUCUAUUGGGUUUGACGCACCACUUACGCAAACACAUUGCUCUGAAACAACCAACAAGCUAAAUCCUUUUCACUCUGUUGAGCCAGAUGAUCUUAUAAAGUUUGGGUUUAUUCCUGAAUUUAUUGGCAGGUUGCCUAUUAUUGCGAGCUCUGAUCCUUUAAGUGUAGAGGAAUUGGAACGAAUCCUGGUAGAGCCCAAAAAUGCGAUUGUGAAGCAGUAUCAAGAAAUAUUUCGAAGGAGUAAUCUUGAGCUACUGGUUCACCCACUUGCACUGCGUAAAAUUGCAACUUUGGCAACUGCAAAAAAUAGUGGUGCGCGUGGGCUACGCAGGAUCAUAGAAUCUGCAUUGCAAGACGCGCUAUAUGAAUAUCCUGGAUCAGAAUAUAAAUAUAUUGUACUGGAUGAAGAUGCAGUAGUGACAGGAAAAGUAGGACAUUUCAAGCAAGAAAAAUAUAUGGAAGCACAGAAACAAGCAGGCAUUGAAACUCCAUCUGUACGACCUUCCAGUCAAGUAAACGCAUCUGAUUCUGACCCUGAAUUCUCCACAAGUACACCAACUCCGCGUCUUUCACCUCGUCGCUCUGUCCGCGGCCGACCAACGGACAGUCCUGAGCUACCAGCAUGACUGUCUAUUUGAUCUGGACAUAUAUCGAUGUUGGCUGGAUCUGAUUUUACUAAACUUUGUCGGCUCCAAGAACUGACAAUUCACCAAUUGUAUAGUAUCAAAAUUAGAAACCAGGUUUUUCUAAUAGUUGAUGGGCAGGCCAAAAUAUAUUCGUCUGAUUAGUUUGGCAC